AUGACGAGCCUGCUUAUGUGUUUAUGUUGUGUGCUGUUGGAUCUUAUGGCAGUCCACAGCCGUGUGCUCAUGCAGGGCCGUAUAGUAGGUGGUCACACCGCUGCACCAAAUUCCAUCAGAUACCUCGUGUCACUGAAGAGCACCAGCGGCCAACACUUUUGUGGUGGAUCACUAGUUCACAGGUACUGGGUCCUGACUGCAGCGCACUGCAACAUCGGGGCAGAGCAAAUGAUGAUAGUGGCAGGCGACUACAAGGUAAACGUCUUUGAGGGUACUGAACAGUACGCUAAGCCCCGCAUCUUGGUCAUCCAUCCCCUGUACAACAGGAGCACCAACAACGCAGACAUCAUGCUCAUUAAGCUGCGGGCUCCCAUGGUUCUGAACAAAUACGUGUCGCUGGCGCCUCUUCCCAGGCAGGGGACGGGUGUAGCUGAAGGCCACGUGUGUCGGGUGUCUGGGUGGGGCUACAAUAGUCUGGAAGGAGGCCAGGUGCCUGUCACACUCAGGACAGUCACAGUGCCCAUUGUCUCAACUGCAAGGUGUAACAGCAGCGACUCCUUUAAUGGAAACAUCACAGCAAACAUGAUCUGCGCUGGCUACAGCACUGGAGGCAAAGAUGCAUGCAAGGGAGACUCCGGUGGGCCGCUGGUGUGUGACAGACGGAUCUAUGGAGUUGUAUCCUGGGGCAAUGGUUGUGGUGAUGCUAAGUUUCCUGGAGUCUACACGGCCGUGUCCAGAUUCCGCCGGUGGAUAGAUCAAACCAUCUACGGGUCGUACAUGCGUUGCUUCAAACCGUGGAGAUAA